UAGGGUAUUAAUAAUGGAAAUUGCACUAUGGUGUGGAACAAUUAUUCCACCUUUACUCAUCUUAAUAGAUUUAAUACCAUUUACAAAUGGAAAAAUUCUUUGGACAUUAGCUGUAAUUUUUAUUGCACUAGGGUGGGCACCUAUACAUACCAUUACUUGUAUGAAAACACGUGGUUGGAGAUUUAUUUCUGCGUUUGCAGUAACUAUUAUCACAUUUAUUUUACCUCUCACAAUAUUUUCUACAUUCUCUAUUUAUACGCUUAAUAUGAAUUUGUAUACUAGUAUGUUAAUAUUAGCGAUAAUUAUUCCUUUAGGAAUCAAUAU